AAUUCCCAUGUUUGGUUGGUGGGCUUUUUGAUUAUUCGUUCUUCUAGUGAAUCAUGUUAUUGGUUCCUUCAAUUUUCUGUUUGUUUCUUUGGAAAAUUAACAGUUCCUUUUUUUGAUUCUGAUGGUAAUGUUAUUUGUUCUGUGGUCGCUUUUGUAUUUAUAAAAGUUGGAUGCUUUUACCUUGUUGGAUAUAAAGGAUGUUGCUGUAUAUACAUAUAUAUUGGAGUUGAGCUUUUAAAAACCCUGAAAUCACGGAGGAAGAGUCCUUGUUUUUAGGAAUAAAAGGAAAGUAUUGUGUGGAGAAUUAGCUUUGAUUCCUACAAAAAAGAUGAGACCCACUUUUAUUGGAUUUUUUUUCCUUUUUUUCUUAUCAUCAAACUGAAACUGAAUUGGAGUUGGUUAACCAAGAUGUAAUUCAUGAACUCAAUUUCAAUUUCUCAUUAUUGAUUUUAUCCACUUUUAAAUGCUAGGUAGAAGUUUUCCCCAGCUACAUCAUUUUUUAUUUGUUUGCUUAGUCAGGAAUUGUAGGCACUUGUCUUUGCUAUGUCUGUGUUUAUGAUUAGCGGAACAAUUCCAAAAUUAUAGUUGAAAAAACAAUUUUUCUUUCCAUAAGCCAAAGGAGUGAAAACAUUGGAUUUAUUCAAGUGUGUGUAGGAUAGCUUGGUCCUUGAUAACUCGAGGUAAGAAUGAUUGCCCUUAAAACUAAUGUAUGAUAUCCUCUGAUUGAUCAUACAUGUUCUGGCAUUGAUACACAUUGAUGUUGCGUAUCCUACUUUGUUUUGAUUAGAAGUAAUGCUUCUGUUAUUGCUGAAUGAUUUCUUGGAAGCAUCUCUGCAACAUGUAGAACAUUCACGUACGAAUGGAAAAUUAAUUGAAGGAAAUUUGAUGAUGGUGGUAACUGUGGAAAUAGCUCCUUGGGUUGAGCAGUUGUAAUUUGAAAGUAUCUUGGAGAUAGGGGAUUGUACAUAACUAGUCAUGGAUGAGUAUUCUGAUAAAAAAGAUGGUGAUGGGCUGGUUGUCUCUAGAAGGGGAUCUACCCUUGUUUUGAGAGAUACUGCUAAUAAUAAAGACCGAAAUGCUCAAUUUUGCAACCGAAUUGGGUGUAGUGGGAGACUAAACUCUGCAAAAGGAGCUCAAAUCAGUUAUUCGGAGAAACCCAAAUCUUCAAGGCAAUCAUUCCGGCCUCUCUCAAAUGGUAAGGAAAUAAUUGGAAGUUCUUCUAGGACUUCGUCUGCAACCAGCAAUCCUAGGAAAUCUGCUCCAGGACCUUGGAAAAAGCCGACUUCUCAGCCAGAAAAAGAUCCAUCUGAGACUGGUAGUUUUCAAGAUGAUUCUGAACUGCUGAAACUUGUAACUCCUGGAAAGAUCAAUCAAAGUCUUGGCUCUGAAUCUGAUGAUACUGGUCCCAGUGAGAACACGUCAAUUGAAGUUGGAAGCUCUAGUAUACCAAGCACAAUAUCUCGUAGAAGUUUUCAUCAGAAAUCAGGAAUAGGUAAACCAGAUACCCGAAUAGGCUCACCCCUUUUAUUGGUAUCUAAAAGCACAAGCCAAGGGACACGUGCUAGUCCACACAGGAAUGGUCUAAGAAACCUUAGAUGCAGUUCAAUAUCAGAUGUUGUCCCUACAGGAUCUUCAACAUCAGAUUCAAAUCUCAUUAGACGAAAAGACACAAUUAAGAAGAGAAUUUCUGAUGGAGAAAGUAGUUCCUCUGCUAAAGGGAAGAAAAUAAGUGGGUCAUCAUUGGAAGGGCGGAAUUUUAGUUCUAGCUCUGGCAUCUCAAUUUCUGAUUCAAGAAGAACCAGAAGUGGGCCUUCCAACCGGGACAAUGGUCCUGCAUCAGUUAGGACUCGAACAUCACUAGGAUACACUAGGUCAAGGGUUGCUGAUCAAGAAAGUGGGAAUAAUCUAUCACCAAAUGAACCCCAUGUAAUCCCACAAAUGUCUCAGCCUAUUUUGCCAGUUGGUUCAAAUUCUCCUACUACAUCACAUCAAUUCUCUAUGGAAUCGUCCCUAAAUCGCUCAAGGUCUUAUGGUCUGCCUAUUAGUAGCCAUGAGAGUUUUCGGGGGAUUAGGCCAUCCAGUCCUGCUGAAGUUGGCAACAUCCGAUCUUCAACGAGUGGGGAGAGCUUCCGGCACUACAAUAUGGAUGGAAUUGCUGAGGUGUUAUUGGCACUUGAGAGGAUUGACCAAGAUGAAGAGCUAACAUAUGAGCAAUUACUUGUUCUGGAGACUAGUUUGUUCCUUAAUGGGCUGAAUUUCUAUGAUCAACAUAGAGACAUGAGAUUGGAUAUUGAUAAUAUGUCAUACGAGGAAUUAUUAGCUCUAGAAGAAAGGAUGGGUACUGUGAGCACAGCACUAACUGAGGAAGCAUUGUCAGAAUGCCUUGAGACUAGCAUCUAUCAGUCAGCAUCUCUGGAGGAUGCUAAUUUGCACUUUUGUGGGGAAAAUGCUGAUGUCAGAUGCAGUAUCUGUCAGGAGGAGUAUGCUGUUGGAGAUGAAGUGGGUAGAUUGCAAUGUGAGCAUAGAUAUCAUGUGGCCUGCAUACAUCAAUGGUUGAGGCUGAAGAACUGGUGCCCCACUUGCAAGGCAUCUGCAGCACCCUCAUCAUCACCGCAAUCACUUUCAUCAGUCCAUGAAUAAAAUGGAUGUUUGAGACUGACUUUUCAUUUUGUACAAAUUAAGUACGUCUCCUGCAUUCUUUUUUUUUUCUUCAUAUAUUUUUUAUGAAAAAUGGAGAUCAGUUUCUUUUAUGUACAUACCAAUUCUCUUUUAUGUCAAUAGACUAAUAAACUCGGGCAACAUUGCCAUUACAAUGAUAACUUGUUUUCAUCUAUAAAACAGAAGCUGUAAAUGAAAUUGCUCACAAA